GGGCCACAGAGGCAACAGGGAGAGGAACAGUCACAGCCCGUCUUCCAGGUCCAUCCGUCCCCUGUGUUCAGCGCACCCUGAGCUUCUCUGCUGAGCCUUAGCUUCUACACCUGUAAACUGGGUCUGAAGGCUGUUUCCCAAAAGGGAGCGAGCAAAGCCAUUUCAGUUACAGCGUCCCUGACGGCCACCACAAAGACUAGGAGGCAAAACAUUCUGCAAUUUCGUUUGAGGCAUCGGUGAGCUAAAGGCCUGCAGGCCCAUAAAUCCAGCCAUCCAGGAGGCCGGUACAUCAGGCCUGGGCCUAGGGAAGCCCAGAAGGCAGCCCCCUGCCUCCGACUCCUCAGGGCCUGGGGAGCUCACCCUCCUGUCUGGAUACUAAGCUUCACAUCUCCACUGUGGGAUGACCACCCUGCCCGCGCCCCGGGAACCCCUGCGCCGUGUGGCUGUGGUUGGGGGCACCCACGGAAAUGAGAUGUGUGGCGUCCACCUGGCCCGGCACUGGCUGAAGGCCCCAGGGGAGCUGCAGAGAGCCAGCUUCUCGGCCAUGCCGGUUCUGGCCAACCCGGCAGCCACUGCUGCCUGUCGCCGCUACAUGGACCGAGAUCUUAACCGUACUUUCACCCUUACCUUCCUCCGUUCUGAGGCCACCCCCGAUGACCCGUAUGAGGUGACGAGAGCCCGAGAGUUGAACCAGCUCUUGGGGCCCAAAGGCACAGACCAGGCCUUUGACUUUAUCCUCGACCUGCACAACACCACAGCUAACACUGGCGUCUGCAUCAUCUCCGAAUCUCCCUACACUGUGUUCAACUUGCACCUGUGCCAUUACCUGCAGAUGCAGAACCCGGACCUGCCCUGCCGCUUCUUGGAGUACGAAACAUCCCAGAAUGAAACCUACAGCUUGGAAUCUGUGUCCAAGAAUGGAAUCGCUCUGGAGAUAGGCCCCCAGCCUCAGGGCGUGCUGCGGGCUGACCUCUUCUCCCAGAUGAGAGCCCUGGUGAUGUCCAUCCUGGACUUCAUCGAGCUCUUCAACCAAGGCAAGGCCUUCCCCGCCUUUGAGAUGGAGAGCUACAGGAAGUUAGGCGCUGUGGACUUCCCACGCACCUCCGACGGCGGUCUGGCCGGCACUGUGCACCCUCGGCUACAGGACCACGACUUUGAGCCGCUGAGGCCUGGUGAUCCCAUCUUCAGGCUAUUCAGUGGUGAGGAUGUGCUGUUUGAAGGGGACUCCGUCGUAUACCCUGUGUUCGUUAAUGAGGCCGCCUACUAUGAGAAGCACGUGGCUUUCCUGAAAUCUGAGAAGAUCCACAUCUCGGUGCCUGCCAUGCCAGGGCUGUCCUCCAGCCCCACCGUGGCUUCCUAACCCAAGUCAUACCUCAGUUUCCCUAUCUGAACAAUGGGUCCCAAGGCACAGUCCCAAGCCCAGGAUCCCCAUCCCACCCUGGGCACCAUGUCUUUGCCAGACAACCAAUGCCAUGAUAUAAAAUGGAAUGUGCCCAGAAA